GGGACAACAUUUUAUUCCUUCUGAUAGAGCCCUCUUGACGUCGAUCGGUGACUGUGGCUGGCGCUAGAUUAGAACUGAUCUGUUGUUGCUCCUCCGCUAUACAACUACCCACACAUAGAUCCAUCGCAUAGCGGGUUGGCACUGAGUUAUCAUGGGCUCCAUCACACAGUCCUCCAAGCGGAGCAUCACCAACGACGAUAUCUCGAGUCUCAAGUCUCUGCUAUCAUCGACCAAGGCCACAGUCCUCACUCCCCAGGACGACGCUUACUCGGCCUCGAUAAAACGCUGGUCUAGCGCCGCCCAGAAACCAGCGGGAGUUGUCGUCGUCCCCACCAACGCAGACGAAGUCGCCAGCGUGGUCAAGUAUGCCACUGACCAGGGCAUUGACCUUGCCGUCAAGGGCGGCGGCCAUUCGACUGCCGGCGUCAGCAGCACAAAUGGCGGGUUGCUGAUUGACCUGAACUCCAAGAUGAGGCACGUCGACGUCGACCUGGACAAGAAAUUGUUCAUCAUUCAAGGCGGCGCUGCGUGGGGCGACGUGGACCAGGCCGGCGUGAAGCAUGGCCUGGCGACUGUUGGUGGCACGGUCGCGGAUACGGGAGUCGGCGGGCUGACGCUGGGAGGUGGCUACGGAUGGCUCUCGGGCCAGAAGGGGUUGGUGAUUGAUAACCUGGUGGAGUGCACGAUCGUGCUCGCGACAGGAGAGAUCAAGAAGGCCAGUGAGAAGGAGAACCCGGACCUGUUCUGGGCCCUGCAAGGGGCAGGACAGAACUUUGGCGUGGUGACCGAGUUCGUCCUCAAAGCCUACGACCAGGGGGACGUCUUUGCUGGUAUGCUCAUCUACCCACCCGCGCCGGAGAUCAUUGAGAAGGUCGUCACCGCUACCAACGACCUGUACACCCCGGACGCGCAUGGGAAGACCAAAGUCGCCGGCCGCGGCGCCGGGGGCAUCGCCUUCGCUCGACCUCCACCGGCCGAGGGCAAGGUGAUGCUGCUGGCCGUCAUCAUCUACUUCGGCAGCGAGGCCGAGGCCAAGGAGAAGUACAAGGCGCUGUACGACAUCGGGCCCGUGGUGGACACGACCGCCAUGGUGGCGUACCCGGUCAUCAACACGGUGCUGGCGCCGCCGAUCGGACUGCGCGCGAGCAUGAAGGGCACGUCCUUCACCAUGCCCAUCCGGCCGGGGUUCGUCGCCGAGGUGCUGGCCGAGUACACCCGGUUCACCGACGGCAACGACGACACGGGCAUCAGCCUCGUGCUCUGGGAGGUUUACGACCCGAACCAGGUCGUGGCGCACGACGAGGGCAGCUUCGCCAACCGCGGCUGGCACCUCAACGGCAUGAUCUGCCCGAUCUGGACGAAGGAGGAGCACGAUCCCGCCUGUCGCCAGUGGGCCCGCGACCUGACCGCGCUGUUCAAGACCGAGCUCGAGCAUCAGGCCAAGGAGACCGGCGCGGGCGUUGAUGGCGGAGUCGGCCUCAAGGGCAAGAAGGGCGCCACCAUGCUCUACGGGAACUAUGAUCAAUACGACGAGAAAUCCCGCGACAUCUUCGGCGAGAACUAUGCGCGCCUGCAGAAGCUCAAGGCCCAGUACGACCCGACCAACAUGUUCAACAAGCUCUUCGCGGUCACGCCGCAGGCAUAGCCGGCUCCAUACCUAUAUAUCCAUACAUACAUGUACGCAAUCAGAGCAGGGGGUUACACCAAGGCUGUUCGCUUUAUAACUUUGUACUCACUUAGACGCCCUUCUGCGGUAUUUGGC